UCUAAGCACGGGCAGCUGCACUGUACAUUCGUUGCCUUUGGCUUCCGGGAGCGACCACUAACCCAGACUUGUCAAUUUUUACCGUAUAUGUUGGCUAUUCUCAUCGAGGGAGAAAAACAUGUUUUAGCCUCUGAACGCGAACAGUGGAAGGAUCAGGUACACAUGGGCGUCUUGUGGUUUAUGAGCAAAGGACGAUGAUGUCACGGAAGCAUUUACAGAUAUCCGAUGAGGCUACUAUAAUGAGAAGUAUUGAAAAAUGCUGUGGCAAAUCUGUACUCAUCAUGAUUUUGUAAUGACCCGAAUCUCGGGACCUGAAUAUUAUUUAACAGGAGGGACUAGUCUCGACUACGUCACUCUGAGUGCACAGCAAUCCAAAUAAAACACCCUAUUUUCUCUUCAAAACUGCUGGUAGGUCUGCAUUCAGAGGAAGAAUAAAAGCUAUUAACUUAACUCGUAGGUUAUUGCUGUAAUCUUUCGGAGCUUUCCCGGAUCUACCUUUUUGAUGUCUUGUGAUUUUACCGCUCGGUAAAAGUUAAGAAGAGGACAACGCCAAAAACUUGUGCUGAAAGGCGUGGUACUACAGCAGCAUGUCCAUACCAGCAGGGGGCGAGGUGGAGGCCCUGAGCGCCGUGGCCCAUGUUCUGAAGAAGAGGCGUUUCAGCCGGGACGGCAACCACCUGAGCCCAGAGGAGGUGGACGGACUCCUGGUGGACAGUGAUGGGCGGGCCUUCAUGGUGGUUCACCACCUGCUGGGCCUCCGGGAGAUGGGGAUUCCUGUCCUGCUUCCUGGCACCCCUCUCACUUGUAAGGUGGAGAGCACUGAGAGAUACACCACGCGCUCCAAGGUGAGUGUGUGUACUCUGUACACCGUACGGCUCACCCACGGCAGGUUCAGCUGGACGGUGAAGAGGAAGUACAAGCACUUCCAGGAGCUGCACAGAGACAUCUACAAACACAAGAUGAUGCUUCACUUCCUGCCGCUGGGCAGGUUUGCGAUCCAGAGACAGCAGCUGAGGAAUAUGACUGAAGAGAUGCCCUCUCUGCACGGGGCAGACAGGAUAAGACGCAGCUCGAGCAAACCGAAAUACCUGGAGGACUACCUGAACGGACUGCUGGAGAACAGUUUCUGUAGAAACUUUCACGGCAUGCUGGAGUUUCUUGACGUCAGUCCUUUGUCCUUUGUCAGUGAUCUUGGACCUAAAGGGCUCGAGGGCUGGAUCUUCAAGAGGUCAGGAGGUCACCGUAUCCAGGGUCUGAACUGCAUCGGUCACCACCAGUUCUGCUUCCGCUGGUCGCGGCGCUGGCUGGUGGUGAAGGACUCCUUCCUGCUCUACCUCAACCGGGAGAACGGGGUUGUCUGCUUCGCCCUGCUGUUUGACCCAGAGUUCAAAGUUCAAGUGGGCCGCGCGUACACCGACACCAAGUAUGGCGUCUGCAUAGAGAACUUCACCAGGACGCUGGUCAUUAAGUGCAGCAGCUACCGGCAGGCGUUGUGGUGGAGUCAUGAGAUCCACCGUCUGUCCGAGCCGUGUGACUUCCUCAAGGUGCAGCGAUUCGACGGCUUCGCCCCGCCGCGCGACGACACCCUCACCAAUUGGUAUGUGAAUGGGAGGGGCUACUUUGCAGAUCUGGCUGAUGCUCUUGAGCAGGCUAAGGAGGAGAUCUUCAUCACAGACUGGUGGCUCAGUCCUGAAGUCUUCCUGAAGCGCCCGGCCACGAACACCUACUGGCGUCUCGACGAGAUCCUCAAACGCAAAGCAGAGCAGGGGGUGAAGGUGUGUGUGCUGCUCUACAAGGAAGUGGAGAUGGCCCUGGGCAUCAACAGCGAUCACAGCAAGAGGACCCUGAUGAACAUGCACCCCAACAUCAAGGUGAUGCGUCAUCCAGACCACGUCUCGUCAGUGGUGUUCCUGUGGGCACACCACGAGAAGAUGGUGGCCAUCGACCAAUCGGUGGCCUUCGUGGGAGGCAUCGACCUGGCGUUCGGCAGAUGGGACGACAGCCAGUACCGCCUGUUGGAUCUGGUUUCCACGGAGACGGCCGCCUGUGGGCUGGAGAUGGAGAGGAGGGUGGGGUCAGAGGCGGUGGAUGAAGUGGACCAGGGAGACCAGGGGGACCAGCACCAGGAGCCGCCCGGUGCUGGGAGCUCUCUGGACCCAGUGGGACCAGCGCAAGUGGGCCCUGAGGACCUGACUGAUAACACCCUGCUGUGGCUAGGGAAGGACUACAGCAACUUCAUCAGGAGAGACUGGGUCCAGCUGGACAAACCCUUCGAAGACAACAUCGAUCGGACCCAGGUCCCCCGUAUGCCGUGGCGUGAUCUGUCUUCUGCCGUUCACGGCAAGGCUGCCCGUGACGUCGCCCGCCAUUUCAUCCAGCGCUGGAACUUCACCAAGAUCUUUAAGAACAAAUACAAGGACAAGUUCUACCCCUGUCUGCUACCCAAGUCUCACAGCACAGCCAACACACUGCCCUUCACUGUCCCUGGUGCUGGGAGGGCCAAAGUCCAGGUUUUGCGUUCCGUGGAUCGCUGGUCAGCAGGAACCUCUGAAAGCUCCAUCCUGAAGGCCUACGUCCACACCAUCCAGACCAGCCAGCACUACAUCUAUAUAGAGAACCAGUUCUUCAUCAGCUGUGCUGACGGGAAGAAUGUCCACAAUGGCAUCGGAGACGCCAUCGUUGAGAGAAUCCUACGUGCUCAUAGGGAACAGAAGAAGUACAGAGUGUUUGUGGUGGUGCCGCUGUUGCCAGGCUUCGAGGGAGACAUCAAGGAGGGAGGAGGCAACGCUAUCCAGGCCAUCCUGCACUUCACCUACAGGACGAUGUGUCGAGGAGAGUUCUCCAUCCUGUCCAGACUUAAAGAAGUGCAGGAGAGGUGGACUGACUACAUCAGCCUGUGCGGUCUGAGGACUCACUCUGAGCUGUCCGAGUCCCUGGUCACUGAGCUGAUCUACGUCCACAGCAAGAUCCUCAUCGCCGACGACCGCCGCUACAUCAUCGGCUCAGCCAACAUUAACGACCGCAGCAUGCUGGGCAGCCGGGACAGCGAGCUGGCGGUGCUGGUGGAGGACGAGGAGAGGGUGCCAUCCACCAUGGACGGGGAGGAGUACCAGGCAGGGCCCCUGGCUCUGGCCCUGCGCAAGGACUGCUUCAGACUUUUGACUGGAGCUGAUUCGGACCCCAGCAUCAACAUCGACGACCCGGUCAGCGACCACUUCUUCUACCUGGUCUGGAACGAGACGGCAAGGUUGAAUUCCUCCAUUUAUGACAAGGUCUUCAACUGCCUCCCCUGUAACUCAGUCCACAACAUGCGAGAGCUGAAGGAGUGGUCCUGUCAGGAGCGACUGUGUGACACCAGCCCCUCGCUGGCCAAUCAGGAGAUGGAGAAGAUCCGGGGCCUCCUGGUCCACUUCCCCCUCAACUUCCUGUCUGAGGAGAACCUGCUUCCUCCCCUGGGCAGCAAGGAGGGGAUGGCUCCUGUGGGGCUGUGGACGUAGCGCCCCCCGCGGGCCUGGAGGGCUCGUCACGUAGGCUGCACAUGCAUGCGUUGGAUGUGCUCGUAGGAACUUUUACCUAACCACUCUUAACACAUGAUGAUCUGUGUUUGUGACAGGUUUGUGUUCCUUAAAGCUCUGAUCUGUGGAACAACUGAGGCGGCAGAGCGGACAACAGUAUCAGACAGUUAGGGAACAGAACAUACUUUUAUUGUUGCAAGGUUGUGUGUUUGUGUGUGUGUGUGUGGGGGUGGUUAGAUGGGUGGAUAGUCCUACCUCCCCCUCCUCCCCACUCGCUCUUUCUCUCACUCUGUGUCUAUCUCUCUCUUUCUAGCUUUACCUCUCAAUGCAGUGCCAGCAAAUCUGUCUGAACAUUUGUGGUUGUUAUGGUGAUGGGUAUGAAGGGCGGACUAGGGAGUAGGAGAGAGGAGAAGAGAAAGGAAUCGGUCAGAUAAGCAGAGGGACGGAAAAAGAUGACGAUCUGCUAAAUCAGGAGUGUUCGUCAGAUGGUGUGAGCAAAUAUGGAAAAUGACUGUUGACUGGCAAACUCAUUUACACAGUGCCAAAAUAUGACAAAGUCAUGGAAGCAGGGAAGGAGAAAAGGAGGAAAUGAAGGAAUAAGCAAAGGAGGGGAGAAGGGAUAAAAAGAUAUUCAAGGGGGGCUCACUUAAUUUAAUUGUUUUUUUCCUGUCACCAUGACUACCAAGUGAAUUAUGGUUAUGUAACCGAUCUGUCACUGGUCCAGCACAUUCCACCUCCUUUUAAGAAGAGGGGGGGGGGCAGACAGAGGUGGGGAGGAAGUGAGGAGAGGGGGGGGGGGGGGCUGUUCAAAACAACAUUUGUCAUAUAGAACCAGAGGAGUUUGCUUUCAACACCAUUCCACUUGAGGCCUGAGCACUCGCCUUGACAAGACGAGGUUUGUAGCUCAUGGCCAGUCACAGGAUGCCUGUAGACACACGUAUAAGAGAAAAUAACAACUGACACCUUACAUAUUGGGAUUAAAGAGAAGCUCUCUGAUGUACAAUAGCUACACAUUUAUUAGCUAAUUAGCUUUGACAGUUAGCAGCCCUGUGCCCUUUGGAGGUAAAUCUAUCAAACACACUUUCAGACAUCUAUCAAAACACAACACGAAUAAAUUACUAUGUCAUUAAUCACUCUAACAACUAUGUUAUUAUAACCCAACUAAACAAUAUGGAGUAUAAGUUAAUGUUGUGUUUAAAAAGGCUGGAAGAAGGUUUUGAAUGUAUUGUAAGUAAUAUUUGUCAAAUGCAUGCCCAGGAGAGAACUCACAUAGCCGACCUCUCACCAGCAGUCCUGACAUCAUUAACAUGACUGGGACCUUUAAUGUAAAAUCUAAGAAAUAUGCAUAACAAAUGUGUUUGUAUAUCCCUUUUUACAAGCAAUGUCACAGAGGGCUUAACAUACGCCCAUAACUGUCCCUCAGCCAACCUAAAUCAUCAAGUUUAACAAUCUGAAAAAAGACUCGUAUUUUCAUAUGAUAUAUAUUUACAUACAUCCUAUUAAACAUUUUUAAUACAUAAAAUAUAUUUGUAUACAUUUCUAAAAAUGUCCUCAACCACAAUUUGUGUGUGUGUGUGUGUGUGUGCAAUUAAUAUAAAAAUAUGCAGGUGUUAGCGCACUAACAGUUUAUUUUAUUUUUUUAACUGAAACUGAAUAAAAACGCAUAACAA